AUGGAUAAUAGGAAUCUUCCUGGUGGUGAUUUGAAUGACAUGUUCAUCUUUAAUGAGAUAAUUGGACACCUCGGCCUUUUGGAAUUGCCCAUCAAAGGCAGGUCCUACACUUGGUCAAAUAUGCAGGACGUUCCACUCCUUGAGCAGCUUGACUGGUUCUUCACUUCUGUUGAUUGGAUCUCUGAUUAUCCCAUGACUGAGGUGCUACCUCUUGCCAGAACUGCUUCUCUGACCAUGUGCCUUAAACAAUCCAGAAAGGGCCAUAUUACUGCCAGGAUAGCUGACAAAUUUAAGUCCUUGAGAAUGUGUCUUAAAAGGUGGCAGAAGAACAUUUCUAAACUGAAAACUCUAAUUUGUAAAUGCAAUAGUGUUAUCCUGCUCUUGGAUGAGCUGGAGGAAUAUAGAACACUCUACAGACAGGAAUCAAAUUUCAGGAUUGUGGUUAAAUACCAUGUUGAGAAAUUGCUCCACCUUCAAUGUCUCUAUUGGAGGAAAAGAUGUACUAUCAGAUACAUCAAAGUGGGUGGUGAGAACACCAAGUUCUUUCAUGCUAUGGCCACGGAGAGAUAUCGAAGAAAUUCUAUUGCUAGCUUAAAAUUGCCUGAUGGUACGGUGGUGACUGAUCAUUCCCAAAUGGAGGGUAUUAUCUGGGAUUGUUUUAAGAACAGAAUGAGUUCUUCCAGGGGAAUUAACAUGGGCUUUGAUCUUGCUUCCCUUAUUGAACCAGUUGUGGGAUUGGAUGUUCUCACUAAGCCUUUUGAGAAGGAGGAAAUGGACUUGAUUGUCAAGCACAUGCUAGUUGAUAAAGCUCCAGGUCCAGAUGGUUUUAAUGGUCUUUUCUUCAAAAGGUGCUGGCACAUAAUUUCUCAGGAUUUUUAUGAACUGGCCCAGGCUUUCUUUCAGGGUACUGCCCAUCUGGAGAAUAUCAAUGACUCUUAUAUAACUUUGGUGCCCAAGAAGCCCUCCCCUGAGGAGGUGGGUGACUUCAGACCUAUCUCUUUAACAGGAAUGGGUCUUAAGUUCUUGUCUAAGAUGGCAGCCAAUAGGUUUCAAGAGGAUUACCCUGUGAUUCAGUAUGCUAAUGAUACUCUUAUUAUCUUGCCUGCUGACAAGGACCAUCUCCUAGCUCUCAAGGAUGUGCUCAGGAUUUUCUCUGAGUCCACUGGUCUGGAUGUGAACUAUCACAAAUCCUUUAUUAUUCCCAUCAAUGUGGACACUACUGUCAUGGCUGAAUUAGCUUCUGCAUUUGGCUGCCAGAUUGGGAAAAUGCCUUUUACCUACCUUGGGUUGCCAGUGGGAACUACAAGGCCUAAAAUGCUGGAUUUUAUGCCACUGUUUGGCUGUCCCAGCUGGAAUUCUUAA